UUGAGCAGCAACAACAACUUCAGUGUUGAAUGUGUGCCAAGUGCAAGGAGUUGUAAUUUAUAGUUGCCGAAAUUAAAUUAUGUUAAGUGCCCCAAAUCAGUAAGAAGGUGCAGUGAAAAGGAAGCGGCACAAGCGGCGAACGUGGAAGAGGAGAACAUAGCAAGUUAUAACGGAGCAAAAAGUGCAAAAAAGUACGUAGGAGUUGAAAAGUGAACGCAGAGCUAAAUAAGUUGCAAUGUGAAGAGCCCCGAAAGGACAAGUGCGAACCGAGGAACAGGACCGAGGACUUGUCGACGACUGGGAGGACCAGCUGCCACAGCAGCGAUUGACAGGACAAAAACAAAGCCCUGCUAGCUGAGAGGACUUCCCGCUCGAGUGGCACGAGCAGCAAAAGUUUAGCGUUGUUUUUCCGUUCCAUGGCCCCCGGAAAACUGCAGCAGCAACGGGGCGCAAUGUGCUGGCCAACUACCGCAGUCGAAGAAUAGAAAAUCACUCGAAGGCCUUGCCCAAACAAAAAAAAAAAAAAAACGUUGAAAAAGAAAUAGUAGAGACGAAAACAAAAAAUAAAAGCGCAACCACUGCGGUGCAGCAUAUGUGCAAUCGCUGUGCUUUUUUUCUGUGAUGCCACAAGGACACAAGGACACUUCAACUGACAGCAACAUACGCGAGUUUUUCGUUCGUGGAGAGCCUUCCAACUAAGACGCAGCAGUAUGCGCAAACACAAAGCGCCGCCCAGCGGCAGUCCAAGGACAAUGGCCCAGGACAUCUCGCAGUCGGAGCCAUUGGGUGGCAACGGGGAAUCCCCCGCAGCAGCAACAGCAGCAACAUCAACAACAGCAUCCGUGGAAGCCCCACAGCAGAGCCUGCUACUGGGCCACAAUGCGGCGGAUGCCUCCGCAGCAGCAGUAGCUAGUCGCCUGGCCCCGCCCCCCUGUAAGCAUCCCAUUAACAACAGCAGCAGCAGCAACAACAACAGCAGCAACAACAGCAACAACAGCAACAACAGCAACAACAGCUGCAGCAGCAGCAGCAGCAGCAGCAAGGAGCGACCUCGCCCCACAGUCCGCUUCAUAUCCCUGCUGCACGUGGCCAGCUACGUGCUGUGCCUGUGCGCCUUCAGCUUCGCCCUUUACGGCAAUGUGCGGCAGACGCGGCUGGAGCAGCGGAUGCAGCGCCUUCAACAGCUGGACGCCCGCAUCGUGGAGCUGGAGCUGCGACUGGAGCAGCAGCAGCUGCUCCACUGGCCCGCCGAACAGACCCAGGUCUUGGCCACUCAUCCCGGCGACAGAGACAGUGGCAACAGCAACAGCAGCAACGGCAGUAAGCACCUCGAGUUGCACGUGCGACGGGAGCUGCACCGCCUGCGACGGGAUGUUUCGCAUCUGCAGCUCACGAGGCGCCAGCAGCGACGCCAGGCAGCGGAGGCGGCGGCAGCAGCGGCCAGCGGAGAGGCAGGAUCUGGAGGAGGAGGUGGAGGUGGACAGUGCCAGUGUCAGCCAGGUCCUCCAGGUCCGCCCGGUCCACCAGGAAAACGAGGGAAGCGCGGCAAGAAGGGAGAUAGUGGCGAAAAGGGCGAUCCGGGCCUGAAUGGCAUCAGCGGGGAAAAGGGCGCGGCGGGCAAGCCCGGGGACAAGGGUCAGAAGGGCGAUGUCGGCCACCCCGGCAUGGAUGUCUUCCAAACCGUGAAGGGUCUGAAGAGAUCGGUGACAACGCUGCAUGGCGGCACGCUGGGCUAUGCGGAAAUAGUUGCUGUUAAGGACUUGCAAGAAGCAGGCGUCAAUGUAUCCGCUUCCACAGUCAUACAGCUGAAGGGAGAGCCCGGCGAGCCGGGUCCGCCAGGACCUCCGGGCGAAGCUGGCCAGCCGGGUGUGCCGGGCGAGCGAGGACCACCGGGCGAAACCGGAGCGCAAGGACCGCAAGGCGAAGCUGGACAGCCAGGAGUCGCAGGACCGCCCGGCGUGGCCGGUGCACCUGGCACGAAGGGCGACAAGGGCGAUCGAGGCGAUCGUGGACUAACCACAACCAUCAAGGGUGACGAGUUCCCCACUGGCAUCAUCGAGGGUCCGCCGGGACCAGCGGGACCACCUGGUCCGCCUGGAGAACCGGGAGCUCGAGGAGAACCGGGACCCAUUGGACCUGCAGGACCCCCCGGCGAGAAAGGACCGCGCGGCAAGCGGGGCAAGCGGAUAUUCGGACCCGGAGGCACCAAAAUAGACGAGGACUACGACGAUCCGCCGGUGACACUGUUGCGCGGUCCGCCAGGACCGCCAGGAAUCGCUGGAAAGGAUGGCCGCGAUGGACGGGACGGCAGCAAGGGAGAACCUGGCGAGCCAGGAGAGCCCGGAUCUUUGGGUCCGCGAGGAUUGGACGGACUGCCCGGUGAGCCGGGCAUCGAAGGACCGCCGGGGCUGCCGGGAUACCAGGGUCCACCAGGAGAAAAGGGCGAUCGCGGCGAUAUUGGCCCACCUGGAUUGAUGGGUCCGCCGGGCCUGCCAGGACCUCCAGGCUACCCUGGCGUCAAGGGGGACAAGGGCGAUCGUGGUGACUCGUACCGCAAAAUGCGACGUCGCCAGGAUGACGGGAUGUCCGACGCGCCCCACAUGCCCACCAUCGAAUAUUUAUAUGGCCCCCCGGGACCUCCUGGACCAAUGGGUCCGCCGGGACACACCGGCAGUCAGGGAGAACGCGGCUUGGACGGUCGCAAGGGAGAUGCGGGUGAAAAGGGCCACAAGGGAGAUCAGGGACCUAUGGGACUGCCGGGUCCGAUGGGCAUGAGAGGCGAGUCAGGACCUUCUGGACCCUCUGGAAAGGCUGGCAUACCGGGUCCUCCGGGCUUGGAUGGCAUGAAGGGCGCCCAGGGCGAGACGGGACACAAGGGGGAGCGCGGGGAUCCGGGACUGCCGGGCACGGAUGGCAUUCCCGGGCAGGAGGGGCCACGCGGGGAGCAGGGCUCCAGAGGGGAUGCCGGCCCGCCCGGCAAGCGGGGACGGAAAGGAGAUCGCGGCGACAAGGGCGAGCAGGGCGUGCCCGGACUGGACGCCCCCUGCCCCCUCGGCGCCGAUGGGCUGCCGCUGCCCGGCUGCGGAUGGCGGCCGCCAAAGGAGCCAAUCAUCUCGACGCCCGUGCACAAGGAUUAUUUGCCCGAUGUAACGCAGCCGGAAAGCAACGCCAGCGAUUACGAGCAGGAGGAGGAGGAGGAGGACGAGCAGGCGGAGGAUAAUGAAAACGAAUAUGAUGAAUAUCAGGAUAAUUUGCAUAACAAUGAGUGAGAAAAGGAAGCAGUCAGCCAGCCCAGCAAAUGGCAAACACAGGCGCAUGAAGGCGCAUAAAGGCGAACAGACCCUAAGAACCAACGUCCUUCCCACCUCGCACCACCUCCACCACCACCCACAGCAGAGACACCAACACACAGACACUGGCAUUGGUGCAGGCACGGGCACAGGCACAGACACAGGCCCACCCAUACCGACACACCGACACAGACGACUAGUUAAGCAUUUCCGAUUUCCGCUGCGAGUCCUGGCUCUGUUUCGCUCUGUUGACAUUUGCAAUUAGCGCUAACAAAUGCCAAGUGGCUGCUGCUUCUAACGGCUCUGCAAAGUAGAAGCUAUUAGCAUACUCUAUCUCUGUCCUUAACCCUAUUCCUCACUCACUCGCUCUGCCUCACGCACACGCCUACGCACACGCACACAAUUAUCCUUUGGUUUGGCUAACACACACGCUGGCUUUGGCUUAGCUUGGUGACGGGUCCUGGCUCUCUCUACCAUCUCCACCAACUCCACCAUCUCUACCACUCUCGCUCGAAUUCGCUCAUCCAACUCCGGCCGUUUCCGGCUGAACUUCUGUCUCGCCCCUUGCAGGAGAACUGGCAGGCCUGGCUCAAGGACGAGCUCAAUGCGCUGCAGCAUCCGCGCUCAAAAAACUAAUUGCCACCGCCCCCUCGGCGGCUGCAGCAAAGGCGAGCUCCCGCCAUAUCCAGAUCCAUCUAGGCGCUUUGGUUAUAAUUUUAGUAACUUGUUAUUGUUAAAUGUAGACAUCGAACAGAGCUAUAGCUACUACAUCCAUCGCAUAGAAACAUCCUAGCAUAAGCACUGUAUAAUCGUAUAAUCUGUAUCUGCAUCUGUGCCAAAUUGCUCCAGGUUGCCUCCAGUUCGGCGUUCCCGGCCCCUCGACGUCGCAACCUUUAAUUGUAGUUCUACCUUACCUACUACUAUAUAAAUUGUAUCCACUACAGCUAUUUCGAAUACCUUAAGCGAUAAAUGAAACCAGCUAUUUUUUACAAAAAACACUAUUUAAAACGAAACUUAAAGAAUAAAAAUCGAUAAAAUUAAA